UAGUAUAUGUUGGUCCCAUAUUCAAGCUUGGGACCCUUCAAGCUUUGUUCUUCAACACCUUAUGGAAGCCUGGAAUUGAUUUGGCGGGUCUAUACCGAUCCGAGGAUUGACCGGUAAGUUUGGACUGGAAAACACAUCGUGAACACUGUCUCUGCACUCUGCAGUCUUCACACGUGUAUAUAAAUUGACGUCAACCCACCAUAGCGUUUGCAGUUAUUGUUCCAUGGCUCAUCUUUUGGGAGGAUUCGCCCCUCCACUCACCUUCAAGCCCAGAACUGUCGCUGCUUCCGCUUCUACAUUCUUUAACACCCAAUCUUCUUCAUCUUCCCAUGCCCUAGAUGCCACUUUCAUCAAACGGGCUGCGGAGCUAGCUGAUAAGUCCGCCGGAUUCACUGCCCCUCACCCCAAUUUUGGGUGCGUAAUUGCCACUACCUGCGGCGGACGUGAAGCGGAUUCAACGGUGGGAGAGGGCUAUUUGUAUGCCGAGGGGACCACGACCGCUGAAGUGCAGGCAGUGGAAGCUGCCGGGGAGAAGUGCAGAGGCGCCACUGCUUAUCUAAACAUGGAACCAAGCAACUCGUGUGGUGACGCCGCCGCGGUAUCCGCUCUUAUCCAGGCAGGAAUUGCAAGAGUUGUUAUUGGGAUUCGUCAUCCUUUGCAACAUCUUCGGGGUAAUGCAAUUCAUGCACUGAGAAGUCAGGGUUUACAGGUUGAUGUGAUAGGGGAAGACCUGCAUAGCAAAAUUUUUGAGGAAGCUCAUAAAUCCUGCCUUAUCGUCAAUGCGCCUUUGCUUUAUGGAGCUGCUUGCCAAGUUCCCUUUUCUGUCCUUAAGUAUGCAAUGACCCUUGAUGGAAAGAUCGCUGCCAGUAGUGGACAUGCAUCUUGGAUUAGCAGCAUAAAGUCAAGAAGUCGAGUUUUUGAAUUGCGAGGACGAAGUGAUGCUGUCAUUGUUGGAGGAAACACUGUCCGUAAAGAUAAUCCACACUUGACUGCAAGACAUGGAGGUGGCCAUGUACCCCAGAGAAUUGUGAUGUCACAAACUCUAUAUCUUCCUGAAAAAGCCAAUAUUUGGGAUGUUACUGAAGUACCAACUAUAGUUGUGACACAAAGAGGUGCUAGAAGAAGUUUUCAAAAAUUCCUCGCCUCCAAAGGCGUUGAAGUAGUUGAGUUUGACAUCCUAGACCCAAGAGAGGUUAUGGAGUACUUCUAUGGUCGUGGUUACCUUUCUGUAUUGUGGGAGUGUGGAGGGACAUUGGCUGCAUCUGCGAUUUCAUCUGGAGUCAUACACAAGGUACAUGCAUUUGUUGCACCAAAAAUUAUAGGCGGAAAGAAUGCCCCGACUCCGGUUAGCGAUCUUGGGAUGGUAGAGAUGACCCAGGCUUUGGAAUUGAUCGAUGUUUGCUAUGAAAAGAUUGGACCCGACAUGCUGGUUAGUGGAUUUCUUCAGCCAGUUCCAGACCUCACUCCUGUUAUUCCAUCUUUAGAAGAAACUUCUGAAAUUGAUCCUACCAUUUCUCCUUUUGAGUCAAGCAUCAUAUUCUUUUAUAAAACAUGGGAACAAUAUGGUUUCUUUUCAAACUUCUCUAGCCACCCAAUUCAAAUGGCUGAUGAAACUGGAAAUAUGGUCACCUGGUCCACUGUAGAACAUUAUUACCAGGCACAGAAAUUUACUGGGGUGGUUGAUCAUGUUGCUCAAAAGUGCAUUGAAGAUAUAAAAAAUGUAGAGAGUCCCGAGGAAGCUGCACGGAUUGGUAGGAGAUUACAGAGGCAACGGCCUGAUCUGGUAAGAUCAGACUGGAAGUCCAUAAAGGUCGAUGUCAUGUACAAGGCUCUGAAAUGCAAGUUCACAACAUACCCUCAUCUAAACUCUUUGCUGGUUGCAACAGCAGGAUCGGUGCUUGUAGAAGCUUCACCUCAUGAUCUCUUCUGGGGAGGAGGCCGGGAUGGAGAAGGUCUAAACUAUCUUGGCAGACUGCUUAUGCAGCUUAGAUCUGAGCUUUUAGACAACAGCCCAGCUUCUCAUGAAAACUCAGUUGAUCAUCAUCGACCAGUUGUGUAAAAAAAACCUCAGGCUUACCAAUAUCCCCGGGGUUUCUUGUGGAAGAGAAAGCGGUGAAGAGAGUAUUCCAGCAAUGUCCAGAUAGCUAAGCCGACAAGUAGAGUAGCAACCAACUGAGGAGCAGAGAGUCCCCUGUUUACAGAAGUUGAAGCCAGCCACCAUACAACUGGUAGCCAUAUGGUUGGAAUUGCCCACCAUGGUGUACGAGUCAACAACUGUGUGUAUCAUCAUUAAUUCAGUUAGUGUAAACAUUCAUCAUCAGCUCACAUUGGUGCGUUUUCUGUUCAACAUUCAAUCUUUCAGGGAAAGCACAUCUAGGGAGCGGGUGAUUUAGAGAUAAAAUGGCAUACAGUUUGUAUUGCAAUAUCAAUAUCUAAAACAAUCUUGCUAUUAGGAAAGUGAUUCGUGAAUAAAAACCCAACUAUGUAUUAGUCAUGGAGUUCUAGAAUAAAAAUGACUCAAGGAAAGCUAAAGAUAAUGACUUUGACUGCUUGAUUUCAAAAAAAAAAAAAAAAA